GUCUGCCAUCUUGUUGGGGUUGAAAGCUAGACUAUUGAUUUUGAAAACAGAAGUAGAAAUGUGUUAUUUCUGGGCGCAACAACAAUUCAGAUCGAGAGGAAUUUAAAAAAAUCGCAUUAUUCUGUCCCUAAAGUAGAUCAAACAAGGACACUUGUCAAAAUUUACGGGUUUCCCGUUUGACGUCAUUUUCGGUCAUGCGCAGUGACUGGCCUUUUUACUCACAGAACUCCAGAAUUUCAGGAACUUAUAAACCACUAUGUGUUAUUGAGUGAAAUGUGGUAUUUUUGAGCGAUAUAGGGCAUUUGCCACACCUAUUAAUAAACACAAAAACAUAGGCCUUGCCUAAUGGAACACAUGGUAGGCGAAAAUAGGGCAGGAAAACAAAGGGAAGACUGGAUUCCAUCACCACAGCAGAGUGACCGUCACUCAGUUAUGAUUUGUUACUCAGACUGGAAAUCAAGUAAGUUACUAAAGCUCCAGUCUGACGAAAUGAAGGGAGACAAUUUUCCAGAGCAUGACUACUGCAUCAGGGAAACUAAUGACGUUAACACCUUUCAUCAGUGUAUCAUAUGUGAUGAAAUUUUUCAGCAAUAUGACGACUUAGAAAAACACAACAAGCGUCAUAUUAAAAAAGAGAAAAUUGAUAUGAUUGAGGGGAAUGAAUCUUUUCAAGAACUCAGCGAUUCAGAACACUGUACAUCGAGUCGAUUAUAUGAUAAGGGAAAUGAAUCUAUUCAAGAACUCAGUGACUCAGAACACUGUACAUCGAGUAAAAUAUAUGAUGAAAGAAAUGAAUCUGUAGCUAUCUCUUCGUAUCACUGUAAUAUAUGUGAUAUGAGUUUUCAACAAUACAGUGACAUAGAAAAACAUAAUAAAAUACAUAAAGAAGUAGAACUUGAAACUGGUCCGUGUGGUUCGAACUUUGAAACUAGAAUAACUGGUCCAUGUAGUUCGAACUUUGAAACUAGAAUAACUGGUCCAUGUAGUUCGAACUUUGAAACUAGUGUGACUGGUCCAUGUAGUUCGAACUUUGAAACUGGUGUAACUGGUCCGUGUAGUUCGAACAUUGAAACUGGUCCGUGUAGUUCGAACUUUGAAACUGGUGUGACUGGUCCGUGUAGUUCGAACUUUGAAACUAGUGUAACUGGUUCGUGUAGUUUGAACUUUGAAACUGAUGUAACUGGUCCGUGUAGUUCGAACUUUGAAACUGGUCUGUGUGGUUCGAACUUUGAAACUAGUGUUACUGGUCCGUGUAGUUUGAACUUUGAAACUGGUGUAACUGGUCCGUGUAGUUCAAACUUUGAAACUAGUGUAACAGGUCCAUGUAGUUCGAACUUUGAAACUGGUGUAACUGGUCCGUCUAGUUCGAACUCUGAAAAUAGCGUAACUGGUCCGUCUAGUUCGAACUUUCCCCAUGUUUCAGGUUUCGAGAUCUAUAAUGACCAACCAGUUGAUGACGAGAUGCAAGACGAAAAAUCUAUGUGUGAACUAUGUCAUGGGAGCUAUAUUUCGUGUCCUUGCGACCAUAGCAACCAUCUCUACGCCAACGAAAACUUCAGUUGUUAUGAUCAGGAUACUGACGCAAGGACGUUCAUAUGUACAGUUUGCGGUAAAACUUUUCGUCACAAAAUAAACUUACAGCAACACAUGUAUUAUCAUAUAGAAGGAAAACCACAUAAAUGCAAUGUCUGUAAUAAAUUCUUUAUCAUGUAUAGCCAUUUAUUGGCUCACAUGAAAACGCAUGCUAUAAAAGGAAAACCUUUCAGAUGCGAGGUAUGUUGCAAAUCAUUUCGACGCGUUACUAGUUUGCAGAAGCACAGAAGCAGAAAAAAUGUAUGCAACGAAAAUAAACCUAUGAAAUGUGAUAUUUGUCGAAAAGGAUUUGAUAAUCCGAGUCCGUUUAAUGCACACCUUAGAACUCACACCGGAGUGAAGCCAUACACGUGUGUUAUUUGUAAAAGAUCCUUUAAGGAAAAAAGUAAACUAACUCGACAUUUAAAGGCUUUGGGACCAGUUCACACAAACCCACUUGUAACCAAUAAUCAGAAUGGUGAGAGAGUCACAUCACAGUGUCUUAGUGAGAUUGUGUGAGAGAGAGAGAGUUUAACUGUGUCAUUUCGGGACUAACAUAUGGUUCAAUUUUAUUUCAAUAACUACAUGCACAUAGGGGUCUUUAGCAGUGGGAGGAAGUCGGAGGACUCAGAGAACACCCACGAGGUAGGUUGGACAGGUGACCCUCUUCUUGUCACGUACAACUGGGGAAUCGAAACCACGUCAGUUGACUCAAUGACAGACCGUAUGAUGCAACGCGCACGCGCUAACCAUUCGGACAUCCAACCCCGCUCAGUGCCUCAGUGAAUGAAUGAAAUGGGGUUUAACGUCCUACGUUUCUGCUGCAUCGAAUGGGCUAAUAAAGACGGGCAUACGCCAUACAGUGUGCUAUGAGAGAUAGUUUGCCCGAACAGUGGUGCUACAGUCUAGUCUUCUAUCGAAUUCCAACUGUCAAGGGUUCUUUUACGUGCACUGGCUUCAUUAUACCAGAGGUCCCAGGCUUACUCCCCGUGUUGACUUGAGAGAAAGUUUUUCAGGAUAUGUCAGUCUGGUCUUCCCUGGUCGGAGCCACAAUGGCUCAGUGGGUAGGAUUUUGGCUCGCUAACUUGGAGGUCACAAGUUCAAUCCCUGCCUAUUGCAGGUCUUUCUUUAGGCCUGAAAUGUUAUCUAAAUUGUUAAUUAGACAUUAAUUAACUUAUCCAGACCAUAAUCAACUCUCGAUGCCAUCGCUAGCCUGCUAAUUUACUGGAUUAGAAUCCAGUCUGCUGCUUCUGAUUAAAUAAAAAAAAUGGAUAAUCGGGAUUAUGUUUUUUAUAGUACCGACUUUAAUAAUGAUAUCGAGGCUAGGCCAAAAAUUCAAUCGCUAUAAUCUCAGUUCAGGGUAGAUCAAUUUGAGUGAAAUUUUCAGCAAAUUCCCUUUACAUUAUCUUGUUUUUAAAUUGUUUACUAUUAUAGUGAGAACUACCAGCUCCCAUAAUGUAUCUGGUUCAAUUUUAUUUCAAAACACAAUACAGUUAAACUUGUAAGUAAAUUUAUAGUUUUUAUUACGUACAUGUAUAUGUAAAUAAA